CCUAGAGAGAACAAGAUAUAUUGGCCGAAAAACUGUUCAGUUCAGUCGAAUCGUGGAUCAUAUUGAACAUAAUUUUUACAGUUAUCAAGUAUAAAUAUUAUAAUAAUUUUGUCCUCAAGUGCAGUCAGGUGGAAAACGCUACUUUAAAAAAAAACUGAAGAACCGUGUCAUCUAAGACCGUGAUUAGAACAUUAAAAUUAUUCAAACAAAAAAAAAUUUUAAGCAGUGGGCAUGAAAAGAUUAAAUCAAUUUUAACAAAACUUGGCUUACAACACUAUGACUUUAAUCCCCUCAAUUAUAUAAUAAACUUAUAAACUAAAUUAUAAAAUCAAUGAUAAGAGACCCACACAUGCGCAUAUCACUGCAGUCCUACAGAAUCACAAAUUUGUUGAAUGAUUAUCCAUUGUAUAUGAUCAAAGAUUAUAAACAUUGAUAUAGAUAAAUUAUCUAUAUCUGUGGUUAUACAAUUAUUCAUGUCCAAUUUAAAAUAAUAACUUACAGGGUUAAUAUUGGAAUUUAACUACAAUUAAAUAUUUGUAUUAAAUAAUAAUAUGCUCUCUUCGGUCGUAAAAGAACAUCAGGCCAAACAAGCUGCCCGUAAAGAAAGCCAAGGUAAGAAUUGUUGUAUGUUACAGGUAGAUUUAGUCAUUUUAGGACAUUUAGGUAUCUAUAUUAUAAACAAAAUAGAAAAAAAAAUGUUGGAAUCUGGAAUAUAGAUCAAUUUUUUUUUUUAUGUUCAAAAUUAUGUUUCCUAUCUUUAAUUUAAUAAAUUUAUUGGUUAAAUUUGUUUUAAGCAUCUAUUUUUUCAUUUAGUAUUUGUUUACCGGUUAUGAGACAUUUAAUAGUAUAAUGUAUUAUUGAUUAAAUAUACUUAAAUCAAUUAGGUAUUUUAUUAAAACAAUUAAUUAAUAGCUAUUUGUUCUAUAGAUAUUAAAAGAAAAGAAGCUGUAAAUGCAGCCAAUGAGUUGACCAAUGCACUAGUUGAACAUUUAAAUGUUGGGUAAGAUACAAAUUUCAAUAUUAUGUAUUGUUAUCAUUUAAAAUUUGUAAUUUUUUAAAUUCAAUUAAAAAAUUAUUUUUAAUAUUGUAUUAUUUACUUUAUCAGAGUGGCCCAAGCUUAUCUCAAUCAAAAAAAAUUGGAUGCCGAGGCAAAACAGUUACAUCAGAGUGCUAUUGUAUUUUCCAAACAAACUUCUCAAUGGCUAUCACUUAUUGAUACUUUUAAUAGUGCACUUAAAGAAUUAGGCGACGUUGAAAAUUGGACACGCACCAUUGAAAAUGACAUGCGCAACAUCACUACCACUCUAGAAUAUGCAUACAAAGGUAACUGUAUAAACUGUCAAUUAUUAUUAUGGAACAAUUUUAAUUGGCUAACAUUUUAUUUUACAGUUACUCAAAAAUCAUAACUUUCCCAGACUACAAAAAAGGUUUAAUUUUCAAUUUCAAAUUCCUUUGUCCAUUUUUACUCUUUUAUUUAAAAUAUAUUGAUUUUUUUAUUAAUUUUGUAAAUACAUAUACUAUACUUUGUAAUUUUUUUUUUGGUACUUUAUAAAACUGUUCAAUCCUAGCUAUACAUAUAAUCUUUGUUACAUGUUAAAGAAGUUAAUAAAAAUAAAAAUUGUUCUU